CUUCCGGCACAGCGGCCGGAGCCGGCGUCAUGGCGGCCGUGGAGACUUUCGUGAGCCGCCAGCUGGAGCUGCUGGAGCAGGAGCGGGAGGCCGAGGUGCAGGAGAAGAGGGCAUGGCAGGAGGGCGUGUCCCCCAAGGAGCUGCAGCGCCGGGGCGUGUGCCUGCUGAGGCUGCGGGUGACGGGCCAGCGGACCGGGCUCUACGGGAGGACGCUGGCGGUGCUGGAGCCCGGGCCGGGGCCGGGCGGGGCCGCGCUGCCCUGCAGCAACCUGGGCCCGGGCGACAUCGUGGGGGUGUACGAGGGGGCCCCGGACGCCCCCCUGCUGGCCACCGGCGUCCUGACCCAGAUCACGGCCAGGUCUGUGACCGUGGCCUUGGAAGACCCCCGGGAGAGCGCGCCGGCCUUGGACCCCGGCGGCCUGUACCGGCUGCUCAGGCUGGCCAAUGACGUCACCUACAAGCGGCUCAAAAAAGCUUUGAUCGCCCUGAAUCAUUAUCACUCGGGUCCGGCCGCGCCGCUAGUAGAUGUUCUCCUUUGCGGUUCCGAGCCAAGCAGCCCCACUCCCACACAGCCGCUGACGUUCUGCAACCGUGCCCUGGACAUGUCCCAGAAAGAUGCCGUUGGCUUUGCACUAGCCCAGAAAGAGCUGGCCAUCAUCCAUGGGCCGCCCGGUACCGGGAAGACCACGACGGUGGUGGAGAUCAUCCUGCAGGCAGUGCAGCAGGGUCUAAAGGUCCUGUGCUGUGCCCCUUCCAACGUUGCCGUGGACAACUUGGUGGAGAGGCUGGCUGCACAGAAGCAGAGGGUCCUGCGCCUGGGCCACCCCGCGCGCCUCCUGGAUGCCAUCCAGCACCACUGCCUUGACGCAGUCUUGGCCCGCAGCGACCAGGCCCAGAUCGUGGCGGACAUCCGGAAGGACAUCGACCAGGUGAAGAGCAAGAAGUCCCUGGUGAAGAGGGAUAAGAGCUGUGCUCACAACGAGCUCAGGCUGCUGAGGAAGGAGCUGAGAGAACGAGAAGAAGCCGCCAUGCUCACGAGCCUCACCUGGGCCGACGUCAUCCUGGCCACAAACACGGGCGCUUCGCCGGACGGCCCGCUGAAGCUGCUCCCUGACAGUUACUUCGACGUGGUGGUGAUCGACGAGUGUGCCCAGGCCUUGGAGGCCAGCUGUUGGAUCCCCCUGCUGAAGGCCAGGAAGUGCGUGCUGGCUGGGGACCACCAGCAGCUUCCCCCCACCAUCGUGUCCCAUGAAGCCGCCAAAGCGGGGCUGUCCCUCAGCUUAAUGCAGCGCCUGAUUGAGAAACACGGGGAGAAAGUCGUCAGGAUGCUGACUGUCCAGUACCGCAUGCACCAGGCCAUCAUGCAGUGGGCCUCGGAGGAGCUGUACCAUGGACGGCUCACUGCCCACCCCUCGGUGGCCAGCCAUCUUCUGAAGGACCUGCCGGGGGUCUCUCCCACCGAAGAGACGAAGAUCCCCCUGCUGCUGAUCGACACUGCCGGCUGUGGCCUCUUUGAGCUCGAGGAUGAGGACGAGCAGUCCAAGGGGAACCCAGGUGAGGUCCAGAUCGUUAGUUUACACGUCCAGGCUUUGGUGGACGCUGGAGUCCGCGUGGGUGAUGUGGCCGUCAUCGCUCCCUACAACCUGCAGGUGGACCUGCUCCGGCAGCAGCUCUCCUCCAGAUAUCCAGAGCUUGAAAUCAGAUCUGUCGAUGGCUUCCAAGGACGAGAGAAGGAGGCGGUCAUCUUGUCCUUUGUGCGAUCCAAUCGGAAGGGCGAAGUUGGCUUUCUGGCAGAGGACCGAAGGAUCAACGUGGCAGUCACUCGUGCCCGGCGCCACGUCGCCAUCGUCUGUGAUUCCCGAACGGUUGGCAACAACGCCUUCCUGAAGAAGCUGGUGGAUUAUUUCACUCUGAACGGGGAGGCCCGCACUGCCUUCGAGUACCUCGAGGACAUUGUCCCUGACAACUACGCCCACGACGGUGUCCAGGGCCCUGGCCCAGUGGGCAGGAAGCCCACAGACCCUGCUCGGCCGGGCCCCAGGCUCCGCCCACAGAGCCGGAAAGCCCGAGGGGCCCGCACAUCCGGCCAACGUGGGUCAGGCCAGGCGGCAGAAGGCACCAGCCUUGAGGGUGGGGGCCAGCCUGAGGGGGCUGUGGACUCCUUCAGAACUAUGAUCCUGGACUUUGUGGAGAGCGGCAAGACCCUGCUUGAGUUUCCCCCAUCCCUGAAUGCCCACGACAGGAUGGUGGUCCAUCAGCUGGCCGAGGAGCUCGGGCUGAAGCAUGAGAGUGUUGGGGAAGGGAAGAAGAGAUACAUCUGUGUGCGCAGGAAGGCUACCUCAGCCACUGCCGCCACCACCACCGGUGCCACCACUGCUGCCACUACCACUGGUGCCAUCUCUGGUGCCACCACCUCCACUGCCACCACCACCAGUGCCACCACAGCGCCACCCGCAACAGUGACACAGAGUAGGGGGUGGGAGUUCCAACCUGGCUGCCCAGGUCCAGGGACGCCAGGCCUUGCCCUGGGUGAGCAGGGUACCCCCGGCAGCCCUGGAGAAAGUCUGAGUCAGAAAGACCUGCACCGGGCAAGUGGGCAGAUGGGGCAAGCUGGACCUGGCCAGCCGGCCAGAGAAUGCCAAGACCCUUCCGGGCCCAGGAUACCAAAGGUGUCUGGAAGAAAGAAGGGAAAAGAGAGGAGAGGCCACACGGGGGCAGGUCAUACGGCCGAGGAAGACUUUGACGCGUUGGUCUCUGCCACCAUCAAAGCCGACAACACCUGCGGGUUCCCCAGGUGCAAAGCCAGCGUGGUGACACUGGGCCAGCUCUGUCCACACUGCAGGCAGCGCUUCUGCCUCAGCCAUCACAUCCCGGAGGUCCAUGGAUGUGGUGAGAAGGCCCGAGCGCAUGCCCGACAGCAGAUUAGCAGGGAGGGGGUCCUGUACGCCGGCAGCGGGACAAAGGACAAGUCUGUGGACCCUGUGAAGAGGCUCCAUCUCCAGAGGAGGCUGGAUCAGAAGCUCGUGGAGCUGAAGAACCAGAGGAAAAGUAAACAGAAGGACAAGUGAUGAGUGAGCGACCAGCGUCCUUUGGGCCACCUCUUCACCCCCACCCCCACCCCCGCCGGAGAUUCGACCCUAGGCCCGGCCUGGCCCCAGGGGUGGGUGCUGGCACUCACACUCAUGUAAGAGUGUAGGUGACGGGUGCAGCCAGACCUGGGGGGAGGGAGGGGGAGUGCGCGUGCAUGUCUCUGGGUACCCACCGUAGCCGGCCCACUGGCUUUGGGGCCUUCGGGUUUCUGGGCAUCGCCCUCCCUUGAUGGGAGGUGAAGGAGGGAGACCCUGGGUGAAAGCAGCUAAAUAAAAUCUGUCAAACACUC